GCCGGUUGAGGAAUGUGUGUGUUUCUCAUGUGAAGGGAAAUGAACGCAGCAAGAAGGAAAUAUUUACUCAUGUACUCUAAAUGUGACACAUAAGCAAUGAUUAGAUUCAAUCUCGGGCUGGGAAAGUCUAUCGUAGCCUUUCAGAGGGAAUGACAGCGACAGCACUCCACUGAAUGUGUCACCGAGGUGUCAACUGAGGUGCACUGUACAGACCGGGUGUAUGAUGGAGGAGAUUGGGCAGAAGGAAUCAUAUUUCAAUCACACAACGCCUCACAUUUCACCCCCUAGCGCAAAUCAUGGAUUUAAUGGGUACUAUGUACUCAUCGCCUUUCUGCUCCUCACGCUGACUGGAUGUGUGGUGGCAAUGGUUGUUUACAUCAGAAGGAAAACAAGGUUAGACGAGCUGCGUCACAGGCUGAUUCCUCUGUACAGCUACGACCCAGCAGAGGAACAAGAUGAGUGGGGGGAUGAAGACAAAGAGGAUGAGGAUGAGGAGCUGGCUGAACCUUUAUACAAGGAGGGGAAGCUCUAUCUUUCAACUGACUAUGGGACAUGAACAAAAAAAUCAAGGCAGAGGGAAGACUGGAUCUAAACAAAGGAAGAUAUCUGCCUCAGCAAGAACAUACAAAUAUCUUCACAAACUUUAUAAAAUUCCCACCUUACCCAGCAGAUGGCACUGUCAUCCUGUUGUCUGUUCUUCACCUUGGUUGGGACUUUUUUCUUUUAAAGGCUGUACUGAGUGUUUUGAAGUAAAAGUCACAGUGCAACUGACAAAAUAAACUAAAAGCUGGAAACCACUUUAAAAGCCAAAACUUGCUGUGUUUUCUUUAAAAUCAUGUCUAUAUUGAACUCCAAAGACACACCUGUUUCUACUUGGUAAUCAGCGGGUUUGCUGAUGUUUGGAGGUUCCUGAGGUUGACACUUUUCUUGCACGUUCUGCACACAGAAAGAUGGGAUCACAAGGGGAGAGCAGAUGCCAGUCAUUUGGGGCCAAACUGGUUCCUGACCACCAUCCUGUUCACCUCUUCUCUCCUCCUGCCUGCUGUAAGCCUGGACAGCCUGACGUGUUACUACUGUCCCCUGCAGCAGAAAGGAAAGUCCUGUCCCAACAUC